UGUUGAUCGAUUAUGUACGUUUUCAUUCACUUUUUGCGUUUGUCCCAUGAGUAUCAUUUGGUAGAAAGCAUGUCGCUUUUUUAUGACAACCAAGAUGGCUUCUCUUUUAAGCAGUGCUGUAAGAAUUCGUCUAAUCUUUGAUUAUCCUCCUCCUUUUAAUCCGGAAUGCCGUAUGUGCUGGUUGUUUGUAGAUUUAAGUAAAUGUAGAGUAGUUACAGAUUUAAUUAGUAUCAUCAGGCAAAGAUUUGGGUUUAGUAGAAAUUUACUUUUAAACCUUUUUAUCGAUGAAUGCCUUUUGCUUCCCGAAGAAAAUAUUUACAUCGUGAGAGACAACGACAGUAUUCGAGUUAAAUUGGAAGAAACUGCACCCAUACUGAAUGGCUUGUAUCAUGCUGUGAAAAAAGAUAAGACGAGGAAUAGAUAUUCGUCAGUAGAAGAUGAUCUGUCUGAAGGAAAUAUUCCACAGCACAAGAAGAAAAAGAAAAGGAAACGGGAUGAAAGUGUAUCUAAUGCAGAUGAGAGGUCUGGAACUGAACUGCCUUCAGCAAGAUCUUCAAAAAAACGUAAAAAGAAUAAAGACAAAAUUGAAAGUAGCAUUGAAAAUACUGACAGUACCCAAACAUCAGAAAAGACCAAUAUAUGUAAAAUUACCAAUGUUGAGAUAAACAAAGACAAAAAGAAACGAGAAAAGGAAUCCUUGCCAGCAAAGUCUGGUCCAGAGAAAGGCAAAUAUCCAGAAUCAAGCAGUAGUUCUGGAAGUAAGGCUCCCAAAAGAACAGAAUCAAAUAAUAGUUCUGGAAGUAAGGCUCCUAAAAGAACAGAAUCAAAUAGUUCUGGAAGUAAGGCUCGUAAAAGAACAGAAUCAAAUAGUUCUGGAAAUAAGGCACCUAAGAGAAGAGCAGAAGGCAGUAAGAAAGUGACUCGGGAACCUGGUGAUUCUUCUAGUACUACUGAGGACAGCAGUGACGAGGGAUCGUCUGGAAAAAAUAAAAAGUUUGUAGCUUUAACAGAGUCAAAAGUGGCAAGUUCCUCUUCUGAGACUGCCAAAAAAGGUUUGGAGUUGACUCUUCCAAUGUCUGCAUGUGCAGGAAGGACAGUUACAAAUUCCCCUACAGCUUCAGAUGCCAGCAGCUCCAGCAGUGGUUCUGAAAACACGGUUUCAAAUAAGUUGCCUGUAUCAAGUGAUGGACUUUAUCUUUCUGGAUCUAAAAUUAUUGCACAUGGAAAUCCUGAGCAGGCUCCCUCUUCACAAACUGACAUUUGUACUGCAACUAGAAAUGCACAGAUUUCCCCUGCCUCUUCCAGUUCAAGUUCUGACGAACUGGUCAUAAAGAAACCAAAGCCUCCCACAGAAACAACUAGAACUAAAGCAGAAAAUGGUAAAAGCCCCUUUGUUGCUGGUGUUAGAGGCCAGGAAAGGGAAACCUCCUUAAAUGUUGGAAGGGGUCGUGGUAGAGGUGAAGGUAUUGUUUGGAGAGGUCCUAGAGGUCGUGGACCUCAAGUAGGAGGCAGGGGACGAGCAGAGGGCAGGGGCAGUCAGUUUUAUUUUGACUAUAAUAGAAAACAGCAGCAAAAACAGGAAAAUACAAUAAGUGGCUCUUUUGUUACUCAGACCCUGCCAGAAGCUCCAAAGAGAGAUUAUGGUUUGCUUCCUCUUCUGGCUGCUCCACCUCAGAUGGGACAGAGGAUAGCAUUCAAGAUUUUACGGCUGACGGACAACUAUACUCCCGAAUUGUCUGAAUACAAGGAAGGAAAAAUAGUUGACUAUGAUGCUGUUACACAACAGAUAAAGCUGGAAGUCCUUUCAGCCAUCUCGGCUUCAAAAGAGCCUGGGAAGUUUGACCUGGUCUACCAUUCUAAAAGUGGUGCUCAAGUCAUCGAAUAUGCAGUGUCAGAAGACUCUGUGAUCACAGAGAGAUGGGAUAAGUUGGUUGAACCAAGACUGAUUGUUGAAACUGCUGCAUAUGUAGAACAAGCUGCAUCAUAGAUCAGAAUAAAAAGGCCACAUUAGAAAAGUACUCAUUUUUGCUGUAAAAUUUGUUAGAAUGUAAAUGUAUAUAAUUACUUUUGUAAUUGUGGUUUGUAUUUUAUUUUUUUAAACCUCAACAUUUAAUGUGCAGAGCUCAAGAAAAAUAAAUUUUCCUGUACAGUUUGACUUUCUAAUAAAAUACAUAUAAAAACUA